AGACGCGGUAGCGGCUCGAUCUUGUUACACGAAUAUAUUCAGUUCAGUUCUCAAAGUGUCGCGUUAGGCAACGGUUCUUUUUCGAUUGGGUUUUCAUUCGUCGCCCCGCACGCGAAUUUAAAAUGUUGGCAAUCCGUUCGAUCGGUCAGGGCGUUACGAUUCUUUUGAUACUGACGAAUAAGAGCGAUGGAGCAGCUGUCAAAGAGUUGAAAGACUUCACAAUGGCAAUCGAUACGGACACUUCGAUAUAUUACGACCCUGGAAACAGAACAAAAUUGGUAAUCGACAAAGUGGACGGGAGGUUCCCGUUUGAUCCAACGAAAUUGAUAGUGCGUGGUUUGCCCUGUUUCUGCAACAAUUUGGUAUGCGGUUGUUGCACCGGCAUAAACUUAAUGCUGCUGAACUUUGAUCGUGUGGCGUGCACCAAUCUCACUUUUGUCCCGGAGGAAUUCGCAUUGGAUUUCGUUGCAUCGAUGGGCGACGAUAUAAUCAUGGACAGCAGAUUGACAGCUCGAAAUCCACCGCCGUUUUGCGUCCCGCUCCAGUUUCUCCCGAUAGUAUCAUUCUGCGUUCGUUUUUUCGAUCUGCACCUGAAAGAUAGAAAAUUUAACGUUUGCGUCGAUUUCGAAACGAGGGUUGGCCAGUUUACGGUCUUCAUAUUGCACUUUAAUUGCGUGAAAUUGAGCAGCGACGGUGUCUCGUGGAGCCGGCCCGCGAAGGACACGAGUUCCCUGGGUGCGAACUCGAGCGAGCCAAGAGUCUACGACUCGCUCAAUUCCGGGGAUGCUGAGGAGGAUCGUUAUUAG